AAAAAAAAAGAAAAAGUAAAAGAAAAAGAAAAAAAAAAGAAAUAAAGAAAAUGAAUACUAGAGGAGGAGUAGAUCUUGUACACUAUGAAAAAGAUAGAGGCUAAUAAUAAAACCGUGACGCAAACGAAAUUAGAUUUAAGGGAGAUCGUGGAUGUCGUAACUAUAUUGAUUAUGGUUUGAAAAUUUUAUUCGAAAAGAACGAUAAAGACUAAUUCUUAUAUGACCAUAUUGUAUUAACUGGAGCCAGAUUAACAUUUUUGAAUAUAUUGAAAAGCGCAAAUGUGAUCUAAUCUAAGAUUAAAGGAGCAUUUUCAGUUGUCGAAAUUUAGAAUAAAUUAGUAAAUGAUAACUAUAAAGUAAAGGAAGAAUUCAAAGAUUAAGGAUUUAAAGAAUCUACAAGUAAAUAGAGAUAUUUGACUGUUUUGACCGUCACUAUUUACAGAAAUCAUGAUGAAAUUUCUAAGUUUGCUAACCAUCCUGGUUUAUAAUAACCCUUGGGCGAUGGAUAAUUGAAUGUUAUUUAAGACUAUACUAGUUAUUAAUAAUAAUAAGAAAAAGAAAGAGAAUAAAGAAGAAAUUAACCCAGAAACAACAACUAAUAAGGAAAUGUAGUAAGAUAAAACAAAAGAAACUACAACAAUAACUACUCUGGUGGUAGAAACAGUUAUAAUAAUGGAUAAAGAAACUUCGAAAAUAGACAAAGAGGUUAUAAUAAUGAAAACAGAGGAGGUUACAACAAUGAAAAUAGAGGAGGUUAUAACAAUGAAUAUAGAGGAGGAAAUAGAGGAGGUGAAAGAUAAUAUGAAAGUAGAGGAGGUGAUAGAUAGUACGAAAAUAGAGGAGAAAGAAGAAAUAAUAAUAGAGGAGGUGAAGGAAAUAGAGAAGGUGGAAGAUAAUAAAGAAGAAAUUGAAAAUAUUUAAUUUGAGAUAUUUUUUUUUGUUUUAGUAAAAAAAAAUUCUUUUUAAAUAUAAACUUUAGUAAAUUU